GCAGGAAUAAACACUCUCAGGGUAUAUAUAUGUAAGGUGUGACACUUCCAAGAAACGAGAAACUCCCGAAGAUCCCCCCCCCCCCAAAAAGGAGAAGAAGAAGAAGAAAAGAAGAGCUGCUAUUGAACAUUUUUUUUAUUUUUAUAUUCUUCAAAUCUAGUUUGAGGAUGAGGGCCCGUAUCCAAAAAGUUCCUCAGAUUGUCGAGUUCCUGAAGAAGAAGUCCUUCGGGCUGCAGCACUUCAAGCCGACAUCCUCGGUGUGCGUCCUGGAGGGGAAGGAUGCUGCGGAGGCUGCGCGCUGCCCGCACGCUGCCUCCAGAGUGCGCGGCCUGGACGCGAUCCCCGGACCCACCAACUGGCCGAUCGUUGGCAGUCUGGUGCAACUCCUCUGGAAAGGAGGUCUGACAAGACAGCACGAGGCUCUGGUUGAUUAUCAUAAGAAAUUCGGCAAGAUCUUCCGGAUGAAGCUGGGCUCCUUUGAGUCGGUGCACAUCGGCGCACCUUGCUUGCUGGAGGCGCUCUACAGGAAGGAGGGACACUACCCUCAGAGGCUGGAGAUCAAACCCUGGAUCGCGUACAGAAACCUGAGAGACGAGGCGUACGGGCUCCUCAUUCUGGAGGGGAAAGACUGGCAGAGAGUGAGGAGCGUUUUUCAGAAGAAACUCAUGAAACCGACGGAGGUGGUGAAGCUCGACCGCAAAAUAAAUGAGGUGUUGCUGGACUUCGUUGGCAGAAUUGGAAAAAUAAACGUCAAUGGGAAGAUUGAGGACUUGUACUUCGAGCUGAAUAAAUGGUCGUUUGAGACCAUCUGCCUCAUUCUCUACGACAAGAGGUUCGGUCUCCUGCAGGAGAAAGUCAACGAGGAAGCUCUGAACUUCAUCACUGCCGUGAAAACGAUGAUGAGCACGUUUGGCAUGAUGAUCAUCACGCCGGUGGAGCUCCACAAGAGCCUCAACACCAAAACGUGGCAGAACCACACGGCGGCGUGGGACCGCAUCUUCAGCACAGCCAAAGUCUACAUCGACAAGAGACUGGCGAAGAGCGCCACGAGAGAUCCGGAUGACUUAAUCGGUGACAUCUUACACCACAGCCGUCUCUCCAAGAAGGAGCUUUACGCAUCCAUCACAGAGCUGCAGAUCGGAGGAGUUGAGACGACCGCCAACGGUAUGCUGUGGGUUCUUUUCAACCUGUCCCGUAACCCUGGCGCCCAGAGGAAGCUGCUGGCGGAGAUCAAAGAGGUGGUUGCUCCCGACCAGGACCCGUGCGGAGAGCACAUCAAGAGCAUGCCCUACCUCAAGGCCUGCCUCAAGGAGUCAAUGAGGUUAUCGCCAUCCGUCCCUUUCACCAGCAGGACUCUGGACAAAGACACUGUGUUGGGAGGUUAUGCCCUUCCCAAAGGGACCGUUUUAAUGAUAAACAGCCAUGCGCUGGGCUGCAACGAGGAAUACUUUGACGACGGGAAGCAGUUCAAGCCGGAGCGCUGGCUGCGGGAGAACAACACCAUCAACCCCUUCGCCUACGUUCCCUUCGGCAUCGGAAAGAGGAUGUGCAUCGGCCGCCGGCUGGCAGAGCUGCAGCUCCAGCUGGCCAUGUGCUGGUUGGUGAGAGAUUAUGAGAUCGUGGCAACAGACGACGAGCCGCUGGACGUGAUCCAUUCAGGACUUUUGGUCCCCGGCAGAGAACUUCCUGUUGCUUUCAUGAAGAGAUGAGCCUUCAGGCUCCAUAUUCCACUCACGAUGAUACCUCUGUUGCCGAGGCCCUGAUGGUCCAGUGACUCCCUGUAUUGCUGCUCUGUAAAUAGAAAAAAAGAUAUAGUCAUUAUUGUACAUGUAAUCAUGCCAUAAAUACCUCAAACUUAUUUAAAACUAUUACUUAUGACUGAUAAUGACCGACCAAAAUACCAUUUGUCAUGUACAAAUUGAAUGUUGUACCAAGGCAGCUGUGUAUGUAAAUGUCGAACUAUUUCUUGUCCUUGUUUAAUACUUAUGCGUAUGCAUAUUUUUCAUUGCGUAUUUAAAGUGCCAUUAUAAUAUUGUAGCCUACAUUGUUUUAUGUAAAGACAUAUUUUAUUCACUGAAAUAAACACAUUCAUAAAUGUU